UGGCUGCCUGGCUCCCUGCCGCAACCGCAUCAACGACGCACGGCGCCACGGCCACGGCACGGCACCACGCGCUCAGACGUCCACGGGCUACCAACCCCAGCUCACCGCACUCAACCCAUUGCUGCCACGGCGAUCACCUCACCCACCCCGCGCACUUUUCUCAUCGCGCCAACGCAAACACCACAGCGCAGCAGCAAGCGAGCUAACUGGAGUACAAAGCAAGCCAAUUCGCUCUGUGCCUGUGCCGCUGCCUACCGUCGCGCGAGACGGGCGAGCUCCUCUCCCGGCCGCCGACGCCGCGGGGGAUUCCUUUUCCCCGGAAUGCUCUGCCGCUCCGUCCGGGCGGAAGAGGAGCACUAGGCGGCGGCUCGGAUGGGGCGCCCGGGGUACAUCACGGUGCCCAUACUCUCGGUGCUCGCCGCGAUCGGCUAUGUCUACUACACCACGGUGUUCCUGGCGAUCCCCGCGUGGCUGGGGCUCUCCUCGGCGACCGGGCUCGCCAACGCCGCGGUCUUCAGCGCGCUCGCCGCCGCCUGCGUCGCUACCUACGCCGUCGCCGUAUCGCGCGACCCGGGCCGCGUGCCAGCGUCCUUCGUGCCCGAUGUCGAGGACGCCGGGAGCCCCAUCCACGAGAUCAAGCGCAAGGGUGGUGAUUUGAGAUACUGCCAGAAAUGUUCGCAUUAUAAACCUCCUCGAGCGCACCAUUGUCGUGCCUGCAAAAGAUGUGUUCUAAGAAUGGACCACCACUGUAUAUGGAUUAAUAACUGUGUUGGGCAUGAGAACUACAAGAUAUUCCUAGUUUUUGUUAUGUAUGCUGUAAUUGCAAGCUUCUAUUCUAUGGUUCUCAUUAUAGGGGGUGCUGUGCAUUUACCUAAAGAUGAACAACCAAGCAGUGAUUCUUCUAGAACAUCUAUAGUUGUUUGUGGGGUUCUUCUGUGCCCUUUAGCAUUGGCACUAAUGGUCCUAUUGGGUUGGCAUGUUUACCUCAUCUUACAUAAUAAGACUACUAUCGAGUAUCAUGAAGGAGUUAGGGCUACAUGGUUGGCUGAAAAGGCUGGAAACGUUUAUCAUCAUCCUUAUAACCUGGGAAUCUAUGAGAACCUAGUUUCGGUGCUAGGUCCUAACAUGUUGUGCUGGCUGUGCCCAAUAUCAAGGAACAUCGGAAAUGGUGUUCGUUUCCGCACAUCAUAUGACACUCCACUAUCAACUUCAGCAAUGUGAUGCACACCAUAUAGGGGUACACUCAUGUUGGAUACUCCCUCCGUUUCUUUUUAGUUGUCGCUGGAUAGUGCAAAAUUGAACUAUCCAGCGACAACUAAAAAGAAACGGAGGGAGUAUCUGCUAAAUCGCAAAAGAAACUCAGGUGCCCACACAAAGUGCUAGGUUUGCUAUUCUUCACAGUUCUGAUUUUUAGCAUUUAACCAAAGCGUUUGUGUAUCCUUAAAAGGAGAGUGUUUUCCAAUGCUUGAACUUUUGUAGUAAGGGUGUGCUACAUCAAAUCCAGCGUGUUUAGGAUACUGCUACAUACAUCAAAUCCUAAAGCCUCCUAGAAUCUGUCAUUAGGAAUUUUUAGAGAUGCUGACAUACUUAGAUUUUUCUCUCUUUUUGGGGACAUUCUUGAUCAAAUAAGUAAUUAUUGCUUGUGUAGUAGACUAGAGUGGGCUGUAUUAACACACACUAAAAAAAACGGAAAGAAAAGGAAAGAUGUACUCGUGGUUGUUCUGUUGUAAAAUUAUGUCCAAACUGGUUUUUUUUUGUCGUGAAAGCUCGUCAGCUCGUGUAUUGUUUUGUCAGAUAGUACAUAGGAGUAAUGAGUGUUAAGGACCAAUCAACCAAAUACUAUUUUAUGUAUACACUUGUUGAGAAAUACACGUGGAUAUAGCUGUUUGCACAUAUGGGUGUA